GAACCUCAGUCUCAACCACCAGCAGACCCUCCGAGUAUGGAGGGGGCACCAGAUCAAUAACCUGACGACGGAGAUGAUCAACCACCGACACAAGGACGUCGCGUACAAGUUGAAUGACCAGAUGGUGCUGAACCUCAAUGGCCACUUCAAUCGGUCGGGGCGGACAGUCUGGCUCCACCUCCAACAUCGAGUGACGAUGGACCUCGGCCUCGUGCAGAACCAGGAGAACAAGACGCACGGAAACGACAACGAACUCGCCAACCAGCGAGUCGUGAACGAGGCGAGGCAGAGCGUGCUGGACAAGGACUAUGCUAUCACCGUCGACAUGGACAACUACAUCGAUGCGAUGACGGGCUGCCGGAUGCCCCGUGAAAAGGGCGAA